AAAUGUCAUUUUUUAUUUAAUUUUAAUACAUUUAAUUAAAUCGGUACUGUGAUAACGAGUUAUAAGCAAUUUGUAUAUUAAUCAGAGGUUUAGAUAUCAUUUACGCGAUGUUGCAGAGGUGCGGUUAUAACCUAAUCGUUUGCGUAACGUAACAUUGGAUGGUUCCCGAUGGUCAAGAAGACGAUGGUUCUGAGCACGGAAUGGGCGCAAGUUGAAGUGGUUGAGCUCACGAACGAUGGAAACAUGUGGAUUCCCAAUUUACCGAUCGCAGUCAUUACGGGCGUAGCAGCCACCGCAGGCUUUGUUAGUUUGUUUAAAGACUUGUACGGUGGGCCAGCGUACGAUAAAGAUGCAUCUGCGGAAGGAAAAACGAUUAUCAUAACUGGCGCCAAUGAUGGCAUAGGGAGAGAAGCUACGUGGGAAUUUGCUAAAAGAGGAGCGAAGGUGUUCAUGGCUUGUCGCGAUAUGAAUCGUUGUGAAGCAGUGCGCAAGGAAAUUGUUCUAGAGACUGGCAACAAAUACGUUUACUGCCGACCCUGUGAUCUCGCUGAUUCCAAUUCCAUCAGGAUGUUCGUUGAACGGUUUAAGUCAGAAGAACCGUAUGUUCACGUAUUGGUAAAUAACGCAGCGGUGAUGGAGCCACCUCAAGGUGUCACUAAAGAUGGCUUUGAGACGCAGUUAGGUGUUAAUCAUAUGGGACACUUUCUUCUCACACAUUUACUUAUUGACACACUUAAGGAAUCAAUCCCUAGUAGAGUAAUUACAGUGACCUGUAGCGCAUACACCCGCGGAGAUAUCAAUAAAGAUGACUUGAAUUUCAGCAAGAAUUACGACGCACACGCAGCCUACAAUCAGAGCAAAUUAGCUAAUAUACUGUUCUCUAGGGAGCUUGGAAGACGGAUGCUGGAGACGGAUAUCGCCGUGUUAGCGGUCGACCCGGGCCUAACCGAUACAGAUUUGACCCGAAACCUCGCCAUGAGUAAGAGUUUGACCAGGUUCAUCAUUUAUCCGCUAUUUUGGCCCAUGAUGAAGAAACCUCGACUCGGUGCCCAGACCAUUCUUCAUGCUGCACUGGAACCGAAGCUGCAAAGCUGCAAGGGCGAUUAUUUCGUUGACAUGAAGCCUGGUAAGUUAACAGAAAAGGCCGAAGAUUACGAGUCGGCGAUUUGGUUGUGGAAAGUUAGCGAGAAAUGGACAAAAGCUCACCAUCACAAGGCUGUGUUACAAAAAGCUUUUGCCGCCUAAAUAACUUCAAACAUAGUAUUUAAAACAACUAAGCAUUUAUGG